GUCUGUUGUCAAAGGGGGAAGAUGGCGUCGGUUUCAGAAUUGUACGACGUGGGAUGGGAAGAUAUGAGAGACAAGUUGCGAAAGUGGAGAGAGGACAACAGCAGGAAUAGUGAACAAAUUGUGGAUGUCGGUGAAGAACUGAUCUCUGAACAUGCAUCCAAACUAGGAGACGAUAUUUGGAUUAUUUAUGAACAGGUGAUGAUUGCUGCUUUGGACUGCAGUCGGGAUGACUUGGCUUUGACCUGUCUCCAGGAACUGAGGAAGCAGUUUCCUGACAGCCACAGAGUGAAGCGAUUAACAGGCAUGAGACUAGAAGCUUUGGAAAGAUAUGAUGAAGCCAAUAAGCACUACGAUGCCAUCCUUCAAGAAGAUCCCACCAAUACGGCUGCAAGGAAACGCAAGAUCUCCAUUCUGAAAGCUCAAGGGAAAUCAACUGAAGCCAUCAGGGAGCUCAAUGAGUAUCUGGAACAAUUUGUUGGAGACCAGGAAGCAUGGCAUGAAUUGUCAGAACUCUACAUCAAUGAACACGACUAUGGCAAAGCUGCAUUUUGCCUCGAAGAGCUCAUGAUGACCAAUCCUCACAAUCACUUGUACUGUGAACAGUAUGCUGAGGUGAAAUAUACUCAAGGAGGCCUAGAAAACCUGGAACUUAGCAGAAAAUAUUUUGCCCAAGCGCUGCGACUUAACAACCGAAACAUGAGGGCACUGUUUGGUCUGUACAUGUCUGCAAGUCACAUCGCUGCUAGUCCCAAAGUUAGCGCAAAGGUGAAGAAGGACAACAUGAAGUACGCAGCUUGGGCAGCAGCUCAAAUAAAUAGAGCCUAUAAGCUCGCCGGCCGUGGGACAAAGGAAAACAAAUGCUCGGUGAAGGCUGUGGAGGAGAUGCUGGAGUCCAUGCAGAUCACCAUGUCCUAGAUGUCCCAUCUAUCUCUCAUAGAAUGACUGAUGGAUAAACUGAAAAUAAAAUGUCUUAACAACUAUGAAGACGGUCUGCUUUUUGACAAAUCACAGCUGUCAUUGUGAAACUGGUGGUAAAAUGGUUACAGAAAGGUGCUCUCUUUUUCAUGGUGAUUUCAUCUUGGAAGUCUUGCCCUUCAAUUAUCUUUGACAGCAAGUCAACUUUCAGUAACCAAAAGAACACUUCAUUCUACCCUUUUUGUAAGAUUUUGCCAGUAAGUGACAUCUCAAGUGAAAAUAAAGAACCAAAGGUA